UCUUCCUCUCUGUAGCAUUGAAGUUCCGUGUCUGCUCUCCAUGGCGAAACCAAAUUCCACCAUUGAAUCAACAAAUCACACAAUCUUCAUUGAAACAAAUCUCAAUACCCAUCUUGUUUUAAUUAUUACGAAUAAUGAUACUGUGUUUGAUCUCAAACAAAAAAUAAUGUCUGAACAUCCUCGUUGCUUUCCAAUGCAUGGCAAGGUAGAAGUUAAAGCUAUUAAGGUAAGGCGCAAAAAAUGUUUUUACCAUGUAUCGGAUUCAAUGUUUGUUAAAAGUGUAUUCGAUAGAGUUAACAGAACAUGGUUUCUUUAUGUGGAUGCCGUUAGCGAAGUGGUAUCUGGAAAAAACCCACUUUAUUUACAACCUGGUUCUAGUGGUCUACCAAAACUAAUGUUGGAUGGACCUUCAGCUGAAAAAGAAAAAACUAACAUCCAAGUUGAGCAUCAGUGCAUUAAGGUUUCAGGGUUUGAGUCAAACAUCGGAAUAGCGAAUCAUGUUAUUUUGAACGAUGGUCAGUUAGUACAGGGUGAUAUGGGUGGAAAGGUGUCAAACAAAUUGGAUGUAGGAGUAGAAAUCUUAAGUUCUGAACUGAUUAAAAGUUCCGAUGAUACUAAGGAGAGGUUUAUUUCUGAAAAAAGGAAACGAUGUGAUCCAAUUAGCACAGAAAAUGAAGUCCCAGAAAUACACGCUGAACACGAGAAAGAUGAAUCUAUAAACGUUAAGGGUGGCAUGGAUGAAAAUAUAUUGGGUGAAGCUCCACUACUAAAUUCUCCUGCAAAGAAAAAACAAAGAAAAGUAAAGAAAAGCGAAGAUGUUUCUAAGAACGUUAAAGGUCCUUCAGAAGAAGCUUGGCUACCAGUUCCUGCUGUGAAGAAUGAUAAGAUUUUCGAUGCUUUGCAUGACCCCAUUGGAGAAUCAAUGAAAGAGACUGAUGCCGAGACGCGUCUGCAUAGUAAAGAAGCAUUUGUACCAGAAAACUUGUUAAAUGAGAAAUCAUUGGGGGAUGAACAACAAGUCACAAUUGGUUUAUUAGUCAAACCGGCGGAGAGUUUGGCCAGUGGGAAAAGGACAAUAAAAAAGAAAUCGUCAAGUUUUCAAAUUGAGGCAACUUCUCCAAUUGACACAGAAAAUGAAGUCCUACAAAUGCUUAAUGAACACAAUAAAGGCGGAUUGGUAGAUUCUUUAGAUGACCCUGUUGGAGAAUCUAUGAAAGUGAUUGAUGCCGGGACACCUGAUGAAGUGGCAUCCAAACCAGAAAACUUGAUACAUGAGAAACCGUUGGGGGAUGAUGAACAACAAGUUACCACUGCUGGUUUACCAAUCAAACUGGGGGAGAGUUUAGUCAGGGAGAAGCGGAAGAAAAAUAAGAAGUCGGCAAGUGCUCGAAAUGAGGUUUCUAAAGUUGACACCAAAACGGAAGUCCUACAAUUGCAUAAGGAACACAAGAUAGAUGGAUUCAUAGAUUCUCUACAUGACCCUGUUGAAGAAUCUACGAAAGAGAUUGAUGCUGGGACACCUGAUAAAGUGACAUCCAAACGAGAAAACUUGAUACGUGAUAAACUGUUGGAGGAUGAAUUACAAGUUACAAGUGCGGUUUACCAAUUAAACGGGGGGAGAAUCUAGUCAGGGAGAAGGGAAAGAAGAAAAGUAAAUCAGCAAGUGUUCGAAAUGAGGUUUCUACAGC